AUGUCUUUUAUUGAAGUUAGUAUUGAUUCACAUUUUCCUCUUCAAAAUUUACCUUAUGGCAUCUUUUCAACAAAAGAUAAUGUAAAACCAAGAAUUGGUGUUGCAAUAGGAACGAAAAUUUUGGAUUUAUCUGUUGUUAAACAUUUAUUUGAUGGACCAAAUUUGAAUGGAAAACAAAAUAUAUUUGAAGAGACAACUCUCAAUAAAUUUAUGUCACUUGGUAAAGCAGCAUGGAAAGAAACUCGACAACGAUUACAAGAACUUUUAUCUGAUACUUGUACAACAUUAAAAGAUAAUGAUGAAUUACGAAAAAAAGCUUUCGUCGAACAAAGCGAGGCUAAAAUGCAUCUACCUGCACAAAUAGGUGAUUAUACAGAUUUUUAUUGUUCAAAAGAACAUGCAACCAAUGUUGGAACAAUGUUUCGUGGAAAAGAAAAUGCUCUGAACCCAAACUGGUUACAUUUACCUGUUGGUUAUCAUGGACGAGCCUCGUCGAUAGUUAUAUCCGGAACAGAAAUUCGUCGACCGAAUGGGCAAACAUGUCCUGAUGAAAGUAAACCACCAAUAUUUGGAAAUUGUAAAUUACUUGAUUUUGAACUUGAAAUGGCUCUUUUCAUUGGUGGUCAAGGUAAUCAACAAGGAGAACCAAUUACAAUGGAUAAAGCUGAUGAAUAUAUAUUUGGUCUUGUCGUUAUGAAUGAUUGGUCAGCACGCGAUAUACAAAAAUGGGAAUAUGUUCCAUUAGGUCCAUUUAAUGCAAAAAAUUUUGGUACAACUAUUUCACCAUGGAUAGUAACUGUGGAUGCAUUAGAAUGUGCUUUAUGUAAUGGACCAACACAAGAUCCAAAACCAUUAGCCUAUUUAACUCAACAAGAACCAAGUGCAUUCAAUAUUGAUUUACAAGUAGCAUUGAUACCGAAUAAAUCUUCAACAGAAUAUAUAAUUUGUAAAUCAAAUUUAAAGUAUAUGUAUUGGAGUUUAAAACAGAUGCUUGUUCAUCAUACCAUAACAGGUUGUAAUUUACGACCUGGUGAUCUAAUUGCAACAGGUACAAUCAGUGGUCAAACACCUGAUUCAUAUGGAUCAAUGCUUGAAUUAUCAUGGCGUGGUUCAAAGCCUUUAGAAUUAGAUGAAAAUUUAACAAGAAAAUUUCUUGAAGAUGGCGACACAGUAACCAUGACUGGUUUUUAUCAAGGCAAUGGUUUUAAAAUCGGUUUUGGACAAUGUACCGGAACAAUAAUCCCAGCAUUGCCAUUACCAAAAUGA